AAAUGGGGUAGGAUGGUUGAAUCACACAGUUGUGUGUUACAUACAGAGAAUGAAGAGAUUACUGCAUUCGCUUCCUUAAUUUCUGAUGUGCUUUGGUUACUGGUUGGUGCUUCGACGUGUAUCACGUCUAGCAUGAGUCCGGUCGAAGAAGUGAUCGAAUGGAUACAGGAAAACAGCGGCGCGCAUAUCGUCAUUCGAGAACACGUGUUGAACAGCAGCCACAAGAUCUGUUCGAUAGAGGGAAAGCGAGAUCAAAUCAACAAGUGUCUCCGAAUGAUCAGACGGAGGUUUCCACCAUCCCGGUUUCCGGACCUUAAGCUGACCCCGCUGUUGCCGAUGUCCGUUAUACCUAAGUUUCAGCUGGGCUUACCGGAAAGCGUCACGGUCGAAGUCGUCAUCAGCUACAUCGUCAGUCCGUCGCAUUUCUUCAUGCAGCAGCCGACCCAUCCAACUUUUCCUUCGCUUUCCAGACAGGAUCAAUUCAUACUGGCGGUUUACUGCCAGCCCGUCGGCAUUCCCGAACUUCCGAGACCAAUCAAAGCCGGUGUCAUUUGCAUUGCACCUCUCGGGUCAGGGUGGUACCGUGCGCAGGUCAUGGAAGUUUACCGUGAAGUGGACGAAGUUCAGGUCAAAUUUUUAGACUAUGGCGGCUACACUGUGGUUCCCGCCUCUGAUUUACGUCAGAUAAGAAGCGAUUUCAUGACUCUUCCUUUUCAAGCUACUGAGGUAUGCUUGGCAGGCGUGAGACCGUUGGACGGUAAGUUUCAGCUUAUUGUUUUGUAA